GUCCCUUCGCCAUCCAUCAUGUUUACUUGCAAGAACCAGAAGAGCCCUUGAGACUCACGACGACCAACAACACUCGACCACCACGACUCUCCUGCCCGGCGCGCAACACGUCUCUCCUGUCUCUCGUCUGUUGUAUCUUCUCUGUGUCCUCCAACGCCUCGAACGGCCCAGAAUGACUUCGCGCGUCUCCAAGAGUCCGGCGCGUGCUGUGGUGCGUCGCGAGGAUGAUGCCCCUCUUCGCGCCAGCAAGCUGCCAGCUUUUGUGCGGUUUCCUCUUCUGGUGAUACUCAGCUUGAGCAUGUCCUCCUUGUCGCAUGCGUUGCGGGAGACGUAUUUUGGGGAUUCGGGGGAGAUUGGAGCUCUUACUCGGAGAUAUGAUAACACCUGGAAUGACAUGGCGGCGGCUGCGGGAUGGAGAUGGUAGGUUUGCCUCGGGCAUGAAGAAUUCCUAGAUAUACAGAGUGUUUGCUAAUUCGAUUCUAGCUUUCUAUUGGGAUUGGGAUGGUUUGGGGAUUACGAUUCUUAUGAUACUGCUGCCUUGAGCCUUUUGGCAUAUGGCCCACAUGUUAGUAGGCCCAUAUCUGCUGGAAAUCUUUAUAGCAUGCUAAUGUUCCUUCGUGGUAGUCUUACCUGUUGAACUCUUUUUACAAUCUCAAUACCGUAACGGUUGUAGCUCCAUUGCUCAUCAAUAUCCUCUCUGUCGCGCUCCCAUUCCGUCUCCUCCGACCACUCUCGAGACCCCAUGCGACGAGCGCAUCACCUGGAUCCGUCUCGGUGCCAAACAAGUAUAUUGUUACGGAUUCCAGCAUUCAGUUUCUUACCACUGUUUUUGCUGCCAUGAUAUAUGGCACUACACUAUUUACCGCCUACUCCACGUUCCUUCCCACAUACCUUGUCACCUACUUUGCAGAUAUCCCAAGCGUAGAAGUUGCACAUAAGGCCACUCCGAUCACCUUGUUCCCCAUUACUCUGGUUUUUGGUCUGGCAGCGAACUCGCUCAUUUUCACUCCAUCGAUUGCGACUGAUGCCAAGAGGACGGCUUUUGACCCGAAAACUACUACAUUGAUGGAAACGUUUUGGUACAAUGUUUGGGGCUACAAUACCAGAACGAAGACGGUGAUCAAGAGAACCGCUACCUUGGCUUUGAUUAGCGGGGUAAAUACAUUCGGGAGUACGUACAACACCAUAGGGGUUGAGGCUAUGGGAGCCUUGGCAUAUUCACUAGUGUGGGUCACAGCAGGUGUGGUAACAGGUACUUCACUGGGUUUGGUUGCAGCAGUGUAAAGAAGGUGAAUGGUUGCGAGUUGGGGAUGGUGAUGGUCACGUUGGUGGUGUUUGUUUUUCAUUUUCAUAUGAGGCAUAUUCGUUGGGAGCCGGAUUUCUUCAAACGAAGGAGGGAUUUUCCUUGGAGGAGUUUUGAUUUUUGGCAAAGGCGGCGCGGCAAGGACAGAAGGAAUACUGGACUGAGCAGGCGAGGUGGAUGUUUGUAGGUUGUACUAGAUAGUUGGUUGAUUUACUCAUACGAGUCCCGUAGGAAUAAUAUUGUAAGAUGUUGGUAGCGAAUGACUAAAGUCCAUCCUCAUUCACCAUGUGGCUGAUCUGAAGCCAAUAGAAAACAAAACAACCCCCUCGGGUAUUGUAUGCGAGCGAGUACCUCCUUAUCGGCAAACGUCAACAACAAUACUGUAGCUCUACCGAGCAAGGUUACGUCAGGACGAACACGCAGGCAUAGCAUACAAGUACAGUAGCAGACUCAGACUCGGACACGCCUCCCUGAAACACAAAUGGGAAGGUGAGAUGCGAUGCUCAGUCGGGUGACCACUGACCAGUCCAAUACGAUACGAUACGGAGGACAGUCAGUACCUUACCGGAAACUGGAACGUACCUAACCCACCUAAUCAUACCUAUUACCUGUGGCCCGGUGCCUGUUGUGGGCUCUACCUGCCAUACGACCAUCCCCAAACAAGGUGGUCCAGCGAUUUAAGAUUUGAGGAGGACGGAAAUAAACAUUUGAUACCAACCUCAUUAACCUGCCCUGGGGCUCAUCGCCGCUCAUCACUUACAUAACAUUUCAAGACUCCCUUUCGCUUCAGACUCCCUUUCGAUCGCUCGUCGGUCGGAUCGGCGCUCCUACAACACACCUUCAUCUCUCAUCCGCGCCCCUUAUCCCACAGACGAGAAAAUGGCCUUGAUGGCUGCCGAUGCAUCGCGACGGUGAGUCUCCUCGAUCUCGUCCUCAUCCAUCACCUUACCUACACUUCUCCAUCGUCUCCAUCGCGCUGCCUCACUAUGCUGCUGCUGAGUGAGGCAGUUGUGGAUCAUUCACGUGGCGCCAGCGCUCACCACAGCGAAUCCCAGGGCCGCUAACAGGGUAGCCUGGCCUAUGGGACUGCGCUGCACUGCGCUAGAUCGCGUUGCCGUAGCCGACGAUUUCGCGUCUGAUCUGCCCUGCACCUGGGGCGAGGGCGAGAAGCCAAAGAAAAGAGUGACAUUGAGAGCACUGACUGACCGUUUUCUCCCCAUAAUUAGAUGGCUCGACGAUAGUGGCAUCUGGAGCUGUCGCAUCAAACUUCCACAAUCCCCGCCGCUCGCGCACGCCGACUCAUCCAGAGUCCCACCAGACCAACAGGCGCAUCACCGUUUCGGAAACACCAUGGCCCCUCAGAACCCCAAGUCGAUGGACUUCCCCAUCGAGAGCGUCAGUCCCAGCUCGCGGCGUAAUAAAGGGAAGCUGGCUGAAGCUAUCCAGAGCAUGGGGAAGAUGAAUGGUGGUUUGCAGCUCGAUCUGCCCACCGAUCCCGAUGCUCAGGCGACAGUCACCGAUUUCCUCGACUUCACCGAAUACCUUCCUUCCGAUAUGGUCCGGUCGCUCACGUUGAUUGGGAACCUCGAUUCGACCUACACCAAGGCUUCCGUCGAAGUCCACGAGCUCACCAAGCAGUACGGAGACCUGCCGAACCUCCCCGCGGACGGAAGACCGGAUCCUGCGAAACUGCGAGCGGAUAUUUCACAGAAUCUAGGAGAAGCUAUCAGUGCUCGAACCGCGUCCUUUGCAGAGGCCUGUCGAAUGUUGGAAAAUGUCGAACGCCAUUACAAUCGAAUCAAGACCAUCCAUGCGAAGCUGCAUUCGAUCGCAGAUGCCUACCCGUCAUCUCGAGAGGCUUCUCCGGUAUUGCAAAAGUCCAAAUCUCCGGCUGUAAGUCGAGCCCCGAAGAUCACAUUGCGCGUUGGUAAUGGAGGGGCGCCAGACGGAGGAGCGCGUCGAGUUCGCAAGCAUCGGGCGCCGCGAAUAACGGUUCCGGGAGAGGUGUUGGCACCGUAUGAGUUGGACUAUGAGUCGUAUGGUUCUGAGAGUGAUGAUUCGUCAGUAGAUCAAUUCGUUACCCCGAGGGAGACACCCGCACUGAGUAAUAACGGCGGCGCUGGUAGGAUCAAAUUGAAGGUCCCCAAGCGAGAGCGUCCACCCAAACCUCCCAAGGAGAAUCGACCUGCGGGUUUUGGAACAAAUGUUCAUAGCCAACUUGCUGGUAUCUCAACGAGUAAUGCAUUGAGACUCCUAGCCCCUCCACCAUCUGAUGCGAAACCAGGUAGCGAUCACCUCCCAUGGCUGGCAUUAAGCGAUUACGAACUCGGCGUCUUGCGAAAGAAGAUGAAGAAGAAUGCGGUCUGGUCGCCGAGCGAUACGAUGAUCAAUCGGGAGCUGAAGUUGAGAGGUCGAGGGAUGGAGGCGUAUAAGAUGGCGGUAGCAGAGGCCGAGGAGAGAGGGGAGACGAUAGCUGAACCUCCUCAAAUUUCCGGGCAAGUAGUUCAUGAUAAGGGUGCGCUGAGCGUCGAGGCGGCUCAGACAAGUUUGAAAGAAACAUCUCCGGUGGUAAAUCGUGGUAUGAAGCUUAAUGAGCAAAAGAAAAUCAAGCGCGAGAACCAGAAGAAGGAGCUUGAGGCGGCGGAGGAAGGCUUUGAAGAAGCGCAACGCAAGGCUGGUAAUGCAAAGGCUGCGAUGGAGAACUUGUUCGGAGCUACUGCAAAAGAGGACAAGAAGAGCAACACGAAGACGCCAAGCAAAACUCCAGCUCGCAAGCGCAAGAGAGACCCAAGCGAAGCCGAUGGCGAGGCGGAGAAGACGAAUGGAGUGACUACAGCAGUGAAGCCGGCAGCUAGACCUUUAUUGAAGAGAAGUAAAACUGAAACCCCAGUUCCUGUUCCUCAACCCAUUACCGCUAAACAAUCGACUCCUGCUUUGUCCGAGGCAACUCCUUCGGUUUCUAGUGAGGUAACAUCAGUACCCUCAAUACCUUCGGUUGUCACUCCAGUUCCAGUUCCAGCUCCUAUCACAGCACAACUUCCAACUUUACUUCCGGCUCCUAUCGAUGUAUCUUCAGAGACGCCAAAAGCUUCUUUACCUGCGGCUUUACCGUCACCCAAGAAAUCAUCAACUCCAAUAUUACCACCUAUCAAGGAUAACAAGAAGCCUCUAAAGAAGGAAGCCAUCCGGAAGAUUGAAGUGCCCACUGCAACUUCUGAACGACCUCGUCGAGGCUCAGCUGCUAAUACUCCCAUCACCGCUUCAAUGGUGAUAACUCCAACAUCUACUACAGCUCCAUUAAUCGUCCCAGUACAUGCCACGGCAUCUGAAAUCCUUCCCGCCAAACGGCCAACUUCAUCUCGUAGCAAACCCGCGAGCGUCGAACGUGAAGCUCCUCUCUCAACCUCCAUCGUCGAACGACCUCGUCGCUCCAGCACCGCCCGAAACACCCCCGCACCACCCGAAGCUCGCCAACCGAGUAAACGCACCCGACGACCCGCACCGGGCGUCGUCCAGAAGGGUUCGGAAGACUCGACGGCGGUGAGCGUCGGGAAACGUAGCUCGGCGACGCGCAAGAAGGCGGGGCCGAAGAAGGAUAAGAAGGAUGGACGGGAGGGAAGCGCCAUCUUUGAUGAGAUUGAUGAUGAAGGGAAUAUCAUUGAUCCGAAUGAACCGAGGUAUUGUACUUGUAAUCGUGUGAGUUUUGGGGUUAUGAUUAAAUGUGAUCGUGAGGAUGUAAGUUUUUCUCCUUUUAUUUUCCUUUCUUUCUAUUUUCCUCCCUCUUUUUACUUUUUUUAAUUUUUUCUUCUUUUCUCUAAAAAUGAAUACAUUUGAUGAGAUGCGAUAAGAUGCUGACGAUGAACCACCAAAGCAGUGUGAGAAGGAAUGGUUCCACCUCGAGUGUGUCGGCUUGACGCAAGCUACUACGACGAGACGAAAGUGGUAUUGUCCUGAUUGUCGGGCUAUCCUUGGGCUGGGGGAGGAGGGCAAGGUUAAUGGUGGGGGGAGGAAGAAAUGA